AUGGGCUACAACACUUGGAACGCAUACCAUUGUGACAUAGACGAGGACCUCAUCUUACAAACCGCACAGCUUAUGAAAUCGCUCAACUUGGCGGACGCUGGAUAUACUUAUGUCAACAUUGAUGAUUGUUACUCAGAGAGAAGCAGAAACGAUGAUGGUGAUAUUGUCGAAGACGCGACGAAGUUUCCGUCUGGAAUGAAGGCCCUCACAGACAAGAUUCAUAAUCUUGGACUUGACUCGGGUUGGUUCACAUGCCAGUUGUACCCUGGCUCAUUCCAGAGCGAGGCAAGAGACGUAAAACGCUUCCAUGACUGGGGCUUUGAUUAUCUCAAAUAUGAUAAUUGUGCUGUUCCAUUCGAUAACAUCACGCGGGAGAAUAUUAUGGGAAGAUACGAACGUGUGGCAGACGCCAUUGCUGAUUUUUCACUGUCGUCUGGAACACCACCCUUAAUUCUGUCCAUGUGCCAAUGGGGAAGGGAGCAAGGGUGGACUUGGGCCCGCAGAUACGGGCAAAGUUGGAGGCGUUCAAACCCUCGAAACCUUUCACUGAGGAUGCAACUUAUCGGUGGGCAAGAUCCGAACUGGCAAUCAAUCGUCAAAAUAUUAAACCAGAACUCGUUCUAUACUUGGGCAACUGAUUUCUAUGGCCAUAAUGACAUGGAUAUCGUCAGUCAUGUUCUGCGUGGUAAUGGGCCCCUAACGUACGAAGAAGCGAAGUCCCAUUUUACUGCGUGGGCGCUCUUGAAGUCACCUUUACUUAUUGGCACUCAUCUCGCUUCUGCUACCAAAGAAACCCUUGAGAUUCUGACCAAUCCAGAAAUCAUUGCGAUUCAUCAAGACUCAGUUGUAGGCACCAGCAUCUCACCUUUCCGGUGGGGCAUCAAUCCUGAUUGGGUUAGCAAUGACACACAUCCCGCACAAUAUUGGAGCGGGGAGAGUCAGAACGGGACAGUGUUUAUGCUCUUAAACGCAUUGGAUGAACCCGCCGACAUGUUCUUCAGGUUGACCGAAUCUCCGUGGAUCCGAGCUGGCAGACAAUACACUGUCCGGGACCUUUGGACACAUACAGACAACGGUACUGCAGUCCGCAACUUCACAGCUCACGCUGUUCCGCCGCACGGUGUUGUGGCAUUGCUCCUCCAAGACGCAGGCAAUGAGCCGGAUGAUUUGUGGCCGCCUUGUGCUGUGUUGGAGUGGUGCAUGAAUUCUAACGGGACUCGGAUCGACCAAUGA